ACAGCUAAUGUUAAUUUUACUAAAUUAUUAUAUUUUUGUAAAUAAUUUUUGUAAUAAUUAUUGUAAAGUUUGAAUCAAUAUUCCGAUAUUUCCUGUUUUAAAUUAAUCUUGUAAUUAUUAACUUUAUAAUAUUGUAAAAGUCUUUUACAAAAUUAAAGUAAACACAAAAAUGUAAGGGAAAACAAUCGAGUUUAUCAAACACAAAAAAAAUUUUUUUAGUACUUUACUGUUGAUAAUUGUUGUCACUUCACGAUAAUACGUGAUAAAACGAUAUUACAACAAUAUCUGCUUAAUGGCAGGCAGGAGCGGCGCGUAACGCGGGCGCGGCUGACUAUCCGCGUCAGCUGACAGGUGAUUACAACCGCGUUAAUCAAAUAAUAUUAUAAUUCGAUCCGAUUAUAGUUGUAUAAUAAUUAUUAUAUGUACAAUUAAAAUUAUGAUUUAAAGUCCACAAAAACAUUAGAGCAAAGCAGUUUCAAAAUAUUCUUCUAAAAUAUUUUUGAGUCGGCUUUACAGAAUUAUUUUACAGCAAAAUACAAUUUUAUGUUAAUAACAAAAUACAUUUUUUUACACUAUUACCUGUCCUUUUCUACGUAAGCUCUAUCCCCACUCCCGAAAUUUGAAACAAUUCUCGGUCUAGAUAUAUUAUGUCUAUAGAUGUGCUAUAUAUGUAUAAAAGUAUUCUGAAAAUGCCCGCUCAUACAUAUAUACACACAUACAUACACACACAUACAUGCAUAAAAGCACACUAUAGAAAACAUGCUGAUACGCAUGUCACAAAAGGAUCGGUACUUCAAAUGGCUGCUCGACUACUUCCGUCCUCAGUAAAUCAUACCUCCACACUCCACUACCAAUACGGUCCCUUCUAAGUAAUUCUUUACUCUUUGAUAUAAACUAUAGAUUUUCAGUAUUGGCUUAGCUUACUUAAGGUUUAUUAUCAAGUGCCCAUCGUCGCGCGAGAUCAUGACGUCCACCAGCGAGGUCGAUGCGGUGUCAGCUAAACCGAAAAAACCUUCAAAUAGCGCAUUUAGGCAACAACGGCUACCAGCAUGGCAACCUAUACGCACAACUGGCACAAUUAUACCGACGUUUUUUGUGAUAGGAAUUGUAUUCAUAUCAGUCGGCAUAGCAUUACUUUACUUUACUUCCGAAGUCAAAGAACAUAUUAUAGAUUACACUAACUGCAACUCCAUCAGCAUUACUGAAGACAAUGGACAACCUAAGAGAUGUGCAGAUGUUAUAUCAGCAGGUCUAACAAGUACCUGCGUAUGCAAAAUAAAUUUCGAACUACUUACAAAUUUUACUGGCAAGGUUUACAUGUAUUACGGCCUAACAAACUUCUACCAAAAUCACCGUAGGUACGUGAAAUCUCGAGACGACGAUCAAUUAUUAGGAAAGUUAGUAUCAAACUCUGUUUCGGAUGUUUGCGAACCGUUUGCCUACCAAGAAGUGAACAACAAAAGAAUUCCCAUUGCCCCGUGUGGUGCCAUUGCAAAUUCGCUCUUCAGCGACGAGCUGACGUUGUACUCCACAACUCGUAAUGAGGAUGUACCGUUAUUAAAAACUGGUAUAGCUUGGUCAUCUGAUAAAGAAACCAAAUUCAAGAAUCCAAAGGGAUCCAGCAAUCUGAAAGAAGCGUUCAAGAACUUUACUAAACCUAAGAACUGGACUAAACACAUUUACGAAUUGGAUCCCUAUGAUGAAGACAACAACGGAUUUAAAAAUGAGGAUUUAAUUGUUUGGAUGAGAACUGCCGCAUUGCCCACUUUCCGAAAACUAUAUCGUAGGAUCAAUCAUACUGAAAAGGGCUAUGAAGAUGGUCUACUUGCAGGAAACUACACUCUUCAAAUUAAUUAUUCAUAUUCAGUAUCUUCCUUCAAUGGAACAAAAAAAAUGAUCUUGAGUACAACUUCAGUUUUGGGAGGAAAGAAUGUCUUCCUUGGUAUUGCUUAUAUUGUCGUGGGAAGUUUAUGCUUAGCACUGGGCAUAGUACUGUUCAUUAUUCAUAAAAAAUAUUCUAAGAGUACCAACAUGAUCAAUGUGACUCCAACUACGGAAUAUCAUUAGAAACGAUUCGUUUACUAGCUUAAAAUAAGUAUAAUCUUUUUAUCAUGAUUGUAGUGUUUUAAUUAUGAUAGAACGAUCGAAUUUUUCUAUCUGACAUAAUGAUUUUUAUUUAUUAAUCAUAAUCGAAAAUACGGAUAAAUGUGAUAAAACUGUGAUAAAGCAAUCAAUAAUUUCUUAUUUACAUAAUAGUUAUUAUUUUUUAACUUGAAAAUAAUCCUAAUAAGAUUUUUACACUCUAAUAACGAGGAAAUAAUUCAAUAGUUUUAUUUACUAAUUGAGUAUCUAAAGCUAUUCAUAUUAUCUAUAUUUUUACUCUACUUUUAUUUAUUUUUUUUAGAAAAUAUUAAAAAAUUUAAAAAAUUAUCUUAAAUAUUAAUAAAUUGUAAAAUAAUUAAUAAUGUGUAUAUACAAUUAAUAAAAAUGAUUUUUGGAGUGGAAAAAACAUUCUAUAAGCAUUGUUUCGCAGAAAAACUAGAUUACAAUUUUAUUAUUAAAAAGUAUAGUAAUUAAAAAGUUUUUACUUUUAAGUUAGAAUAUUGUUAUAUGUAACGAUCCACAUAGCACGGAAUAUUACAGUAAUAUCACAGAAAUAUUGUUCUUCCAUUACAGUGAAAUAUCGUAUAAAUAUUGCAGAAAUAUUACCGAAAUAUUACUACAAUAUUAAAAUGUCCGCCAAAAUGGAUCACAGUAAUAUAAUGAUGAUAUAUCACGAAUGUAUUACUGUAAUAUUUACGUAGUAUUUUUGUAAUAUUGCGAAAUUUAGGGUUCUGGAUACUCAUUUAACAUUUAUGAAAAAUGUGAUCUCAAAGACGAGAAAUUUACACUAAAAAUUCUACACCAUUUUCAAAUAAAAACAUCUAACUAAAAAAAUAUUUUUACUAGAUAGUUUUAACACACUUAUAAAAUAUUUUGACAACUGUUUCAUUGAGUAAAUAAACUGCAAAAAUGUAUAGUAUUAGAAUUUAGACAUUUUUGUUUACGGCUAUUAAUUCAUUAAUUGUCAAAGAAAAAAUUUAGUUUUUACAGUAUUUUACAAGUGUUGAAACUGUCAAAGUGUUUUUUUAUCCAGAUAUCUUUUAUUUAAUAAAAAUAGCAUGGAUAAAUUUAUAGUGUAAUUUUUUUGCUUCUGAAGUCACAUUUUCAAACUAACAAUUAUUAUAAACCUUCAUUUAGGCUACAUUCCAAAACGUCCUUUCCGAGGAAAAUUUUACUCAAAAUAUAUAGUACACGUAACGUAUCCUAUAUUACAUCGAGUAAAAUUUUCCUCGGAAAGGACGUUUUGGAAUGUAACCUUAAUUUAGUGAGUGACAUCAAUUCUAACAUAUUGCUAUUUAAAAUGUAAUAUCACUACAAUAUAACCUAAUAUUUUAAUGUUAUUUAUAAACGUGUAAU